GGGCAGUUCCGUUGGCUGCCCGUGUUGCUGUGUUGUGGUGCGGGUUAAAAAGCGUCAGCCGAGGAGACUAGAAACAGAGCGUAACGGGGCUGGGAACAUAACCAGAAUACCAGGACAGAAAGCAAGCAGACUCGACAGAGAACGCAGCAGAGUCUGGAAUUGAAGCCAGCACCUGAGAGCAGUGAAGAAGCUGCAGCAUGAGGUCAAAGAGAUCUGGAGACACGAUGGCGUCCGACUCCCCGCGCCGUCCCAGCCGCUGCGCUGGAGGAGCGGUGGUGCGGGCGCAGGCGGCCACAGAGCAGUCAUACAUGGAGAGUGUAGUGACGUUUCUGCAAGAUGUUGUCCCACAGGCUUAUACAGGAGCACCGCCCACAGAUGAGAAGGAGAAAAUUGUCUGGGUCCGAUUUGAAAAAGCAGAUAUCAAUGAUAUUGCCAGGACACCCGAGUUUCUGGAAUUGCAUGGAACCGGCACUGAUCCUCCCCUGCUGCUGCUGAUCGGAUAUGCAGAUGGGAUGCAGAUCUGGAGUGUUUCGAUCAGCGGCGAAGCGCAGGAGCUGUUUUCGGUGCGGAAUGGUCCAGUGCGAGCUGCCAGGCUCCUGCCUGCUCCCCAUGUCAGUCCUCUGAAAGCAGACAGUUUUGCUGAGAAGAGACCCCUCCUUGGUGUAUGCAAAAGUGCAGGGUCUUCUGGCACAAGCCCCCCUUACUGCUGUGUGGACCUGUAUUCUCUGAGGACCGGGGAGAUGGUGAAAUCCAUCCAGUUCAAAACUCCAAUCCACGACCUUCACUGCAACAAACGGAUCCUUGUAGUAGUUCUGCAAGAAAAGAUCGCUGCAUUUGAUAGCUGUACUUUUACAAAAAAAUUCUUUGUCACAAGCUGCUACCCCUGUCCCGGGCCCAAUUUGAACCCUAUUGCUCUCGGAAGCCGCUGGCUGGCCUAUGCUGAGAACAAGCUGAUCCGGUGUCAUCAGUCUCGCGGCGGAGCCUGUGGAGACAAUGCCCAGUCCUACACCGCCACGGUCAUUAGUGCUGCCAAAACGCUGAAGUCAGGGCUGACCAUGGUGGGCAAAGUGGUGACCCAGCUGGCGGGCACGCUGCCCACAGCCGUCCCUGAAGAGGAGGUCACCGCUCACAGUGCUGUGCGGCGCGGCCCGCACUCCCCUGGCAUCAUCACCAUCAUCGACACCCACGUCGUUGGGGAAGGACAGGUUCUGGUCAAUGAGGACUCUGAUGGGGAGGGUAUUGUGGCUCACUUUCCUGCCCACGAUAAGCCCAUUUCUUGCAUGGCUUUCAAUCCAAGUGGAAUGUUGCUUGUAACCGCUGACACGCUGGGCCAUGAUUUCCAUGUCUUUCAAAUCCUGACACACCCGUGGUCGUCUUCCCAGAGUGCCGUGCACCACCUGUACACCUUGCACCGCGGCGAGACUGAGGCCAAGGUGCAGGACAUCUGCUUCAGCCACGACUGCCGGUGGGCGGUGAUCAGCACCCUGCGCGGGACCUCCCACGUCUUCCCCAUCAACCCCUACGGCGGGCCGCCGUGCGUGCGCACGCACCUGUCGCCCCGCGUGGUCAACCGCAUGAGCCGCUUCCAGAAGAGCGCGGGCCUGGAGGAGAUCGAGCAGGAGCUGAGCGGCAAGCAGGGAGGGCGCUGCAGCCCCGUCCCCGGCCUGUCCAGCAGCCCCUCCGGGUCCCCGCUGCACGCCAAACUGAACAGCCAAGAGUGCUACAACAACUUCACCAACAACAACAUGGGGAACCCGCGUCUCUCGCCUCUCCCCAGUCUGACUGUUGUGGUGCCACUGGCCCAGAUCAAACAGCCCAUGACACUGGGCACCAUCACCAAGCGCACAGGACCCUACCUCUUUGGGGCAGGAUGUUUUUCCAUUAAAACUCCAUGCAAAGCUAAACCGGCUCCGCAGAUUUCACCCAGCAAGUCCCUGGGGGGGGAGUUCUGUGUGGCGGCCGUCUUUGCAUCUUCCUUGUCCUGGUUCGUCACCAACCCCAACCUGAAGAGAGAGAAAGAUCAGUCCAAGCAGUCUGUAGUGGAAUCCCUCUUCAUUCUCAGUUGUUAUGGUAACCUGGUGGAACAUGUGCUGGAGCCCCGCCCAAUCAGCACAGCUCAGAAGAUCAGCGAUGACACGCCUCUAGAGCUGAACACCUGUCCCCGAGCCAGCUGGACCCUGGCCAGGACACCGCAAUGGAACGAACUGCAGCCACCGUUCAACACGAACCACCCUUUGCUGCUGGCCUCCGAUUCCGUGCAGUUCUGUCAGAACCUCCUUGCUGGCUUGGUGCCCCCUGGAAGCCCCGGCCCCAUCACACGACAUGAAUCGUAUGACAGCCUGGCAUCUGACCUCAGCGGGCAGGAGGAUGAAGAGUGGCUCUCGCAGGUGGAGAUUGUGACUCACACUGGGCCGCACAGACGACUGUGGAUGGGUCCCCAGUUCCAGUUCAAGACCAUCCAUCCGUCGGGCCAGACUACAGUCAUAUCCUCGAGCUCCUCUGUGCUGCAGUCUCAGGGGCCAAGUGACACGCAACAGCCCCUCCUCGAUUUCGACACUGACGAUCUGGACCUGCACAGCCUCAGGAUCCAGCCUGUGCGCUCAGAGCCGGUAAGCAUGCCAGGGUCCUCAAGACUCAUGACAGAUCGCCGGGGACAGUCUACGGUAAUCGAUGCAGGAUCAGGGACCUUUGACCGCAGCGUGACCCUGCUGGAGGUGUGCGGCAGCUGGCCAGAGAGCUUCGGUCUGCGGCACAUGUCCUCCAUCGACAACACAGAGGAGGGUCUGCGGGAGAGACUGGCUGACGCCAUGUCCGAGUCUCCCAGCAGGGAUAUUGUUGGCUCUGGGACGGAGCUGCAGAGGGAGGGGAGCAUCGAGACGCUCAGCAACAGCUCCGGUUCCACGAGUGGAAGCAUUCCCCGCAAUUUCGAGGGUUACCGUUCGCCGCUCCCCACCAAUGAGAGCCAGCCUCUGAGCCUGUUCCCCACGGGCUUCCCUUAAAUGAGCUAGCUAACAAGGGAACUGCAAUGUGACUAAUGGAAAAUUCCUACAGCUAGACAAUCCUGACAUUUCACUUUAACCACCAACAGCCCCGCCACCAGUGGAUCACUUCAGGCUCUGACGCUGUGCGCUUGACUGUAGUGGAAACAAUGACAUUAUUAAAUGUUCUCUGUUUUUUCCUCUAAAAAUGUACCAGGAGUCUUUGAAAUAGGUUUUAAUACUUAGGUCUCCAUAUACAGUAAAAUGAAGACAUAAAGUAGGAUAUUUAAUAGAACUAGAUUUACAUUUGUUCUAAAUAUGUUAUGGCUUUAUUGAUAUAUAAUUUGAAGCUGUGUUUUAUUUCAAGUGUGAAUUAUUAUUUUAAAGUGCUGCACAAGUCCUGUGUGAUUGGAGAGCUGGAGGCUUUGAAGAGAGUGAAGCCUUAACAGGUGCAGUUCUCUCAGAGAGUGUGAUGAAGGACUGGCUAGAUAUUGGAGUCAAGGGACAUUUAAAUGAUAAUUUGGUGACUUUUGCCUUGAGCACGCUGUUUUUGCUGGAUUGGUCUGCUCUUAAUUGUUAUUAAAAUAUUAAUCUAAUAGCAGAGAUGUAGAUCUAUCUUAUAGGACAAUAUGGCUGUUCCCUUGGUUUCUAUAAGACAGUAAGAUGCACGUACACUUCAUUCCUUCAUACGGGAAAGCGGAGCCACUGAAAUAGUUUUCUCAUACAGAGCUUUUGGGAAGACUGCAUCCAGAAACAUUCAUCGUUGUUAACAGCCUUGUGAAUAGCAGUGUCUUACUGGGUAAUAGGUUUUUGGGUUUUUUUUAAGAAUGCAUUUUUUUAAAA